AUGUCUGCCCUGCUGAUGUUCUGUGUCGCCUUCCUGCCCCUGGCUACCCCUGGUGGUGGGGCCCAGCGUUGGGAGCCCUGCACAGACCUGCGGCCCUUGGACAUCCUGGCAGAAGUGGUCCCUGCAGACGGUGCCACAGGCGGGAUCAGGGUGACGCAGGUGCAGGGCGCACGAGGCCUCCAGCUCUCGGCCGCUGCUCCCCGCACUGCCAGCUUCCCGGCCUCGAGGAUCUUCUUCAGAUGUGACCUCUUCCCUGAAGAAUUUUCCAUCGUUGUGACCUUGAAAGUUCCCAGUCUUCCACCCAAGAGGAACGAGUACCUGCUGUCGUUGGUGGCGGAGGAGAGCGACGCGCUGCUGCUUGGCCUGAGGUACUCGCCCACGCAGCUGCACCUCCUGUUCCUGCGCGAGGACGCGGCCGGCGCCUGGCAAACCCGCGUGUCCUUCCGCAGCCCUGCCCUGAUGGACGGCCAGUGGCACACGCUGGUGCUGGCCGUGUCUCAAGGAUCCUUCUCCCUCACCACGGACUGUGGCUUCCCCGUGGACAUAAUGGCCGAUGUGCCCUUCCCGGCCACCCUGUCAGUGCAAGGAGCUCGCUUCUUCGUUGGCAGCCGGAGAAGAGCCAAAGGCUUGUUCACGGGCUUGGUGAGGCAGCUGGUCCUGCUGCCAGGCUCAGACGCCACCCCGAGGCUGUGUCCCAGCAAGAACGCCCAGCUUGCUGUGCUGUCCAUCCCGCGGGUCUUGCUGGGUGUCCCGGGGAGGCCAGAAGAUAACGACGUGCUAAAAUAUCCCUAUGAGACUGGCCUGAAAGUGACGCUGGGAUCCCGGCCACCCUGCACCAAGGUGGAGGAUGCCCAGUUCUGGUUUGACGCCAGCCAGAAGGGACUGUACCUGUGUGUCGGCAGUGAGUGGGUCUCCGUGUUAGCAGCCAAAGAAAGACUGGAUUACGUGGAGGAGCACCAGAGCCUGCUCACCAACUCGGAGACCCUGGGCAUCGAGGUGUUCGGCAUCCCCAAGGUGGGGCUCUUUGUAGCCACAGCCAAUCGGGAGACCACGUCCGCCAUCUACAAGUGGACCGAUGGGAAGUUUGUCUCGUAUCAGAACCUCCCCACACAGCAAGCACAGUCCUGGAGACAUUUCAGCAUCGGGAAGAAGAUCUUCCUGGCUGUGGCCAAUUCUGAACCAAAUGAAAAGGGUCAGGAGUUUUCUGUCAUUUACAAAUGGAGCCACCGAAAGCUGAAAUUCACCCUGUACCAGAGGAUUGCCACCCACAGCGCUCGCGACUGGGAGGCCUUUGAGGUGGACGGGGAGCACUUCCUGGCUGUGGCCAACCACCGGGAAGGUGACAACCACAACAUUGACAGCGUCAUCUACAAAUGGAACCCACAGACCCGCCUCUUCGAGGCCAACCAGACCAUCGCCACCUCUGGCGCCUAUGACUGGGAGUUCUUCACCGUGGGGCCCUACUCAUUCCUGGUGGUGGCCAAUACCUUCAACGGCACCUCCACCAAGGUGCACUCCCACCUGUACAUCCGGCUCCUCGGCUCCUUCCAGCUCUUCCAGUCCUUCCCAACCUUCGGCGCUGCAGACUGGGAAGUAUUCCACAUCGGGGAGAGGAUCUUCCUUGCUGUUGCCAACAGUCACAGCUAUGAUGUGGAAGUGCAGGUGCAGAACGAUUCCUACGUCAUCAACUCCGUCAUCUACGAGCUGAACAUCACCGCACAGACUUUCGUCAAGUUCCAGGACAUUCUCACCUGCAGCGCUCUGGACUGGGAGUUCUUUUCAGUGGGAGAAGAUUAUUUCCUGGUGGUUGCCAACUCCUUUGAUGGAAAUACCUUCUCUGUAAACAGUAUUAUUUACAGGUGGCAGGGCUACGAGGGCUUCGUGGCUGUUCACAGCCUCCCCACCCUCGGCUGCAGGGACUGGGAGGCCUUCAACACCUCAGCCGGCUCCUACCUCAUCUACUCCAGCGCCAAGGAGCCCCUCUCCAGGGUCCUGAGACUCAGGACAGGCUGA